AUGCCCACCCCCGAGUCCGAGCUCUUCAAGAGCCAAAAGCCCACGGUUCCCCCGACUUUCAACGGCGUCGACUACGACGACACAAAGGCCUUCAAGGCGGCCGAAGAUGCUAUCAUCCGGGAACAAUGGGUGGGCGCCAUGAUGACCCGACUAGUCGGCGAGGAAUUGAGCAAGUGCUACAGACGCGAGGGCGUCAACCACCUCGAGAACUGCGGCCGUCUGCGCGAGCGGUACCUGGAAUUGCUGGCGACGACCAAGAUCAAGGGGACCAAGUUCCUGCAGCAGAACUACAUUGAGAAGAUGGACGAGGAAAUGGACCGCCAGGCCAAGGUGCACACGAGCGACAAGAUUGCCAAGAUUAAUGAAAAACGAUUCUCCACCAGCUGCACGCUUCACUUCCAGAUUCUCAAUCUGAGGAGCCUCGUCUUCAGCACGCCGACCGCGACGGCGACCACCCGCACAGCCUCCCCUCACCAGACAACCAUGAUUUGCACGCGGUGCCUCCGUGCCGCGGCAUCGGGGUGGCAGCUGCCCACUGUGCGGCGGUUGUCGACCUUUUCCCCGUUGCGAUCUUCCGACUCGACGCCGUCCGCUCCUCUCAGCGAGCUGAGCGAGGCUCCUCAACCAGCCGGCAUUCAGCGGUCAAUAUGCCCUGAAGGAACCAUACUCUCUGGGCUGAACUACAUGAAGGGAGGCAAGGACCCUGUGGCCUUGAAGGACGAGGACUAUCCCAAGUGGCUGUGGUCGUGCCUGGAUGUCAAGGAGAAGAAGAGCUCCGGCGCAGCAGACGACGCGGCUGCCGACGAAUAUUCGAAAUCCAAAAAGCAACGACGACUAGCCGCCAAGCAGCAGAAGGACCGCGAGGCCAAGCUCCUGGCUUCGGGUAACUUGGACGCCCUGGCUCCCAAAAUCCCUCUUCAGCACCAAUCCAUCAACCUGCCCGGCGAGGAGGGCGGCAGCGUCGAGGAGAACAUUGCGGCUGCGGACAAGCGUGAGGACCUUAAGAAGGCUAUGCGCCAGGAGCGGAAGGCCAAGAUCAAGGAAUCCAACUACCUCAAGUCCAUGUAA